AUGGCGGUGGUGCAGGCCAUUAAUGGCUUGUCUGCGUCCUCGUUGCCGGUUGUUCGAUUGUUGAGACGCCGGUUGGAUGUAUUGUUAUGGAUCCUGUGCCGUUUGUUUGCUGAGCAUUCCUCGCCAUCUAUGGUGGAUAGGCACCUCGCGGCACUGGCAUUUCUCUUUAAAUUCAAUGGUUGGGUGGAUGUGACGAAACACUUCCUGGUGAGACAGGCGGUGCGGGGCUUUCGGAAAGGAAAGAAGGCUCGUGAUAAGAGGAGGCCGGUUUCCUUUCAGGUUCUACAAGGUUUGGUGGAGCGGUUACCAGACAUAUGUUUUUCUGGGCAUGAGGUGGCUCUGUUUUCAACAGCGUUUGUGUGGGCCUUUUUUGGGGCUUUUAGGAUUGGGGAAUUGGAUGAUGUGGGUCACAAACGUAAAAUGUUGGCUUGCGAAUUUGAAAGCCUCCGUCAACGUCUGUCAGACAAUGAGCAAGUACUCAAUGACCGUCUGGAAAAGAUGGAGAAAACAAUUGUACAGAAAAGAGAUGAGACCAUAAGUAAAUUGGAUGGGAAGCUUUCUACACUCCAGAAGCUGAUUGCAGAUCUUGAGAAAAAUAGAGUUCCCACUGUUUCUCAAAGCCCCGAGUCAAAACAGGAUUCAAAUGGUGCUGUGAUGAGACCCAUUGAAGGUGCACAAUUUCUUGAACAAACAGAUCUGCAUAGAAUGAUGGCCUCAAGGGACUAUAUGAAGAUGUUUACUGUUUCUGUAACAUUUUACCAAAAAACAGCAAAUUUCAAUCUUUCUGUUUCUGGAAACCAAAAGCUUGUCAGAUACGAAGAAUAUCCAAAGAACGUAAUGCCGCAUCCUGAUAGAUUUGAUUCAAAACCUUGUGUGCUUGGGCUCACAGGAUACAAAAUUGGGAAACGCUACUGGGAGGUCGAUGUGGGAGGUGGUAUAUAUUGGAGUGUUGGGGUUGCUUAACAGUCUGUAUGCAGAAAAGGUGUGUUCAAAAUACAACCUAGAGGUGGGAUCUGGGCAAUCGGGUUACUUGGUAUGUUUACAGACCAAUAUUAUGCCUUCACCAAUCCUGACAUUCUUCUGAAUCCUAGACAACACCCUGUUAAGAUUGGUGUUUUUUUGGACUGUGAUGAACAUUUUGUGACUUUUUAUAAUGCUGACACCAUGGAGCACCUUCAUUCGUUUUAUUUUGUGCAAACUACAGAUAAACUAUACCCAUUUUUUUGUGUUGGGGCACUUGGAACAGAGCUCAAACUUGACUGAGUAUUUAGCCAUGAUCCAUUUAUUUUGUAUAGUAUAACAAAAAAUAUGCACUUUCAUGUGAAAUCAUUCUUAAUUCUUUUUAAUUUUUUAAUUUUGGUUUUAGAAGUAAUUUUAUAUGAAUUCUACAAACUCUAUUUUUAAAUAUUGAAAGUUGUCAGGUGAUUCACUUUCGCUGGCUAUGCAGUUUCAGGUUUGGCAUGUCUAGUCCAGAUUUGAGCUAAUUGAAGAAAAACAGAUUGCAUUUUAAUUUUUUUUUUUAUGACUACUUCAGUAUAGUUUUUAAUGUACUUUUCUUACUGCCACUGUAAUUCUAACUGUAGUAGAAAUCACUGAACAAGUUAUUUUUCUCUCAAAUGUGUUAAACUAUUUUGACACUAUAAAAUAAAGCUAAUCUGUUUUACUCCCAA